UCUCCAAAAACAAGUACUUGGAGACACGCCCACUUCAACCCAAAUUGUUUUUUCUAUGCCUUUUAGGCUUUUGUGACAGAAGACUCAAGUCCCAUAGAUCAAGGCUCAGGCUCACCCCCCAACCCAACCAACCAAGCAUCAAAUACCACCACCCCCCACUCCUCUCCAAACCCCAAAUCCAAACACAGUUCAAAACAAAAAGGAAAAAAACAAACAAAAAAAAAAGGAAAAGGAAAAGAAAAUAACAAUAAUAAUAAUAAUAUCCCCCUCUCUGGCUGCGUUGGGGACUGAACUGCAAGUGCAAGCUCGGUCGCACCUCUCAAAGCUGAAAAAAUAUUUGCUGUAUUUUUCUUUCUUAUUACUACGACCCACUAUCUCAAAAACCAAAACACAUGCUUUCCCUCAUCAUCACCUUUACAUCUCUCACUCUUGUUCAUUCCUUGUCCGUACUCACAAAGCACUUGAAGUGAAAGAAGCAGAAAAAUGAUAACGUUAACCGACUUUUACCAUGUGAUGACCGCAAUGGUGCCACUGUACGUGGCCAUGAUACUCGCCUACGGCUCCGUGAAAUGGUGGAAAAUCUUCUCCCCGGACCAAUGCUCUGGCAUCAACCGGUUCGUUGCUCUGUUUGCCGUCCCUCUGCUCUCGUUCCACUUCAUAGCCUCCAACAACCCCUACGAAAUGAACUUCCGGUUCAUCGCCGCCGACACGCUCCAGAAGAUGAUCGUGUUGGUUGUCCUGGGCAUCUGGGCGAACGUGAGCAAGAGAGGGUGCUUGGAGUGGACCAUAACGCUGUUCUCCAUCUCCACCCUCCCAAACACGCUUGUGAUGGGAAUCCCCUUGCUCAAAGGCAUGUACGGCGAGUUCUCGGGGAGUCUGAUGGUCCAAAUUGUGGUCCUCCAGUGCAUCAUCUGGUACACCUUGAUGCUCUUCAUGUUCGAGUACAGAGGCGCCAGAUUGUUGAUCUCUGAGCAGUUCCCAGACACUGCCGGUACCAUUGUCUCCAUCCAUGUCGACUCUGAUGUCAUGUCUCUUGACGGACGACAGCACCCUCUGGAAACCGAUGCCCAAAUCAAAGAGGACGGCAAGCUCCACGUCACUGUCAGAAAAUCCAACGCUUCCAGAUCCGACAUCUUUUCUAGAAGGUCCCAGGGCUUCUCUUCCACCACCCCUCGCCCUUCCAAUCUCACCAAUGCUGAGAUUUACUCUCUUCAGUCCUCUCGAAACCCUACUCCACGUGGCUCCAGUUUCAACCACACCGAUUUCUACUCCAUGAUGGCUGCUGGUCGUAAUUCUAACUUUGGUGCCAACGAUGUUUAUGGCCUUUCUGCUUCCAGAGGACCAACUCCCAGACCUUCCAAUUACGACGAGGAUGCUUCUAAUAAUAACAAUGGGAAGCCGAGGUACCACUACCCUGCUGCUGGAACAGGAACAGGAACAGGAACGGGAACGGGAACAGGGCACUACCCUGCUCCUAACCCUGGCAUGUUCUCUCCCACUGCUUCUAAAAACGUCGCCAAGAAGCCAGACGAUCCAAAUAAGGACCUUCAUAUGUUCGUUUGGAGUUCAAGUGCUUCCCCGGUUUCGGAUGUGUUUGGUGGUGGACAUGAAUAUGAUCAUAAAGAACUCAAGUUAACUGUAUCUCCAGGAAAAGUGGAGGGUAAUAUUAAUAGAGACACUCAAGAGGAGUACCAGCCAGAGAAAGAUGAAUUUAGUUUUGGAAACAGAGGGAUUGAGGAUGAGCAUGAAGGUGAGAAAGUUGGAAACGGAAAUCCAAAAACAAUGCCUCCAGCAAGUGUAAUGACGAGGCUUAUUUUGAUCAUGGUGUGGAGGAAACUUAUCAGAAACCCCAACACCUACUCCAGCCUAAUCGGCCUAACUUGGUCACUCAUUUCAUUCAGGUGGAACGUAAAAAUGCCAGCCAUAAUUGCCAAGUCUAUUUCGAUAUUGUCAGAUGCAGGGCUUGGGAUGGCCAUGUUUAGUCUUGGUCUGUUCAUGGCUUUGCAACCGAGGAUCAUAGCAUGUGGAAAUUCCACAGCAGCUUUUUCUAUGGCCGUGAGAUUCCUUACAGGUCCAGCUGUCAUGGCAGCUGCUUCCAUUGCUGUUGGACUCAAAGGCGUUCUCUUGCACGUUGCUAUUGUUCAGGCAGCUCUUCCUCAAGGAAUUGUCCCAUUUGUCUUUGCCAAGGAAUACAAUGUACAUCCUGAUAUUCUCAGUACGGGUGUUAUUUUUGGGAUGUUGAUUGCAUUGCCCAUUACGCUCGUGUACUACAUCUUGCUGGGGUUAUGAGUGAAUGAGAAGAUGGAGGAUAUGAAGAUUACAUGUGGCAUGGCAUGCAUGCAAUCUCGUUUGAGACUCCUUAGAGCACGACAACAAAUGUUCAAUGAAAUACAAAAGCAUCACCAUAAUUGAAUAGGAGGAAUCGAUCAACGGAUGAGUUUUCAUUUUUCUUCUUUUUUUUUAAUGAAUUGUCCUUGCUCAGUGAAAAUGUAAAAUCAUGUUUGUAGCUAAUUUAUAAAAUGGCUAUCUCGUUAAAUUUCAAAUUAAAAAUUCUCC